AUGUCGAACGCUCCAGGACCGUCGUUCUCUCAACAACACUACCCCAGUCAGCCUGUUUUUGCCUCAAAGGGCACCCCAUUACCAGUAUCUGCCCCUUGGCCUCGAUCUACAGUUGCUCCGAGCGUGCCUUCAGCGACAUCGUCUGCCGUCGCUCCUCCUGACACCUUCCCUGCUGAUGCCAGUUCGCAACCUCCGUUUACCUCUGUCAAUGGCUCGCAAUCACAGCCGAAAAAGUCUUUCAGUGUAAGAUUCACUGCAGAAGAGGAGAGACAUGCUUCUGAAGUGUCUUCAAGGGUGUCCCAAUGCCUCUUGUCACACCAUAUGUCAACUUUGUUGCCAGACAUAGACUCUCCAUUUGAGAGUGCUGAGGAUGCUGUGAAUCGACUCCUUCCCUAUCACAUAUUUCAACAUCCGAAAGAGGACACGGGCAAAGGCAAGAGGAAGGCCACCGAAGCGGACCUCCUGAAGGAAGAGAUCAAAGACACUCGUCAAGCACUGCAAUUCCACAAACGCCGGCAAGCAUUGGAAAAUAGAUUCAGGCGCGCACGCAUAAAGUCGGGAAAACGCACCGCUCCUGACGAUCAAGCGUACUUUCUCGCUCAAGCAGUUCUAGAAGGCGACCGUGCGGAGACGACCGCUCUGACCGCUGAACUCCGCAAUGCGCGAGCCGAACUGGAUAAAAUUGAGCGCGACAAACGACAAGCAGCCAUGCCUCCUCGAGCCCCGUACUAUGCGUCCGCAAUGUCGUCAACUCCCGCCUACUCGCACCAUUAUCGUUAUCACUAUCCUUAUGCACAACAAUCGGGCGGCCUCACUCAGACGCCGAUAUCAUCAGAUGCAGCCAUGGCAGCUUAUAACCAAUCUCGACUAAAUUCUCCGAGUUCAAAUACAUCCACUACCCCGGCCUACACCCCUGCAUCCUAUACCACCCCUACAUCAUACAACACCGCCGCAUCUGUCACGACUCAAGCACCCGUGCCAGCUUCCUCCGCUACUCAAGCCGCGCCAGCCACUCCGACCAAAACGUCGAUUCCUGUCCAACUACCGAUUGCCUCGCUUCCAGCGUUGCACGCAUUGGGGAUCAUGCCUGUUCCGGCCGCUUCGGUCCCUACUCUUUCGACGGGACAACUACCGCCAGCAGCCGUCCUACGAGAAGCCUCUCCCGAUGGUCGUUUCCUCACCCUCGAGAUCAACGUCCCCUCCCUCCAACCCAAUCAAAUGAGUGGUCUCGCCGUCGUUCUGAACUCGCUAGCCCGCGGCACGAAUGGAGCAGCUACCGCCGCAUCUGGGACCACGCCGACCAGCACUGCCCCUCCGACAUCCUACCCCGUGUAUCACUAUUCACCGCAAUACACAGUUCCGCAAACGCAGCCGACAUCGGGAUAUUCUACGUUUCACGUUAAUCAGAGUUCGCCUCCUGCUUCUGGAGGUAGUGCGUCAGGGAGUUGA